UCCAGCGACGUCCGGCGGGAAAAGGCAUGAGGCAGGCCACGAAAAAUAAAAUAAAAAAGGGGGACCUCUACGUCUGAAAUGAAGUACGGGGGGACCUCUACGUUUGAAAUUCAAAUUUUGAAGUACGGUUGUGGUGACGACGACGACGUUCGGCUUGCGGCUCGCAGACGGUGCAGGGCUGAAUCGGCCUUAGUGGCGGUGUCCCUUCAGGAGGAGAGGGCGCUGGGACGAAUGAAGGAGACGUUGCACGCACGUAGAAUAAGGACGCUGAUGCAAGCUGCGGAUAUAGGCCCCGACUAUGUGGCAACUUCGGAGGCUGUUAUUGAGUUGUGCUACACGGUGGGUUGCGGCGUCAUUCCACGUGCGACACCGAGGAGGUGGAUCAAACGCAGGACAGGGGGGAUGUGGGAAGACUUUCGACAAUGCGACGACUCCACGGAUGACUACUUCAACGAGAAGCAGCACAGCGCCGGGGAGCAGCAGAGGGACCACCAGAAGCAGCACAGCGACGUGGAGCAGCAGAGGGAGCCUACGGUACAGGUUGGCCAUGAACUGCACGGUGGAGAGGGCAGCAAUGCCAUGUCUGUUGUCGAACAUCUAGCACACGACGGCAGAGAAGGCAAGAGUCUUGUCGGACGUGGGGCACAUGACGACACGCGUGGGGACACGACGCUUGUGCAGAAACCUCUUCCGUGGACGGACUGAAGGCGCCGCCAGGAAAAAAAUGUUUUGCCGACCGUUGCGGACGUUCCUCGAGCGCGAGAGACCGCAUGAUGCUGGCCGAAAACGACGAUGCCACCCGAUG